AUGGAAAAUAAUAUCAUUUAUGUUAAUAACAGGAAAAGAAAAAAUUUGGGAAAAGAUGGUGAUGAUAAAGUAAUUCAACAAGAACUUUUUACAGUAAUAAUUAUAUUACUUUUGUCAGGACCUAGAAAUAAUAUUGGAAAUUUGGCAUAUCAUCAUCCAUUGAAAUUUACCAAUCAAAAUUUAUUGAAAUUGGAGAUACCUCUGGAUGCAUUACAUGUAAAUCCAUCAACUGCCAUCAAUUAUAGAUUUGCUCAGCCAAAUUUCCAACAACAAACAACAUGGGGUCCAAUUGAGGCACUCUCAUGUUUAAUCGAAUGUGGUGCUAACCCUAAACUCAUAGAUGAACAAUGGGUAAUAUGGAAAAUAGCCAGUAUGGUUAGAAAUUAUCCUGAUUUAUUUCACGACUGGUUAUCUUCUGAAAAAGUACUUGAUCAAUUAAAACACAGAUAUGAAAGAGAAAUAAACUGUGGACACAAAUCUGCUAUUAAGUUAAUAGUAGAAGAUGAUGCUUCACCACCAUUGUCCAUGGUUCUUUGUGUAUCAGAAAUAAUCAAUGAUAACAUCACUCCAUCAACACCAUUAUCUUUAUCAUCAACAUCCUCCUUUCAUAUGAUGAAACUUAAAUUAACUGAUGGCUGUCCUGUAUAUUUGAAGUUAUCAGGAAAUUCAAUAAAACCAGCUCAUUGGGAUUCCAAAUUAGGGUUUAGAAAACUUGAAAUAUUUGCCAUGUUGAAGAGUCUUAUAUCAGAUGGUGGAUCUGUUCCUGCAAUUGAUGUUAUAAUAAUGCGAAAGUAUCCUUUGCUAUAUCAUGAAACAAAGAAAGAUGGGAUAUAUAUCAUAUAUAACAAAAAAGGUGAAGAACUAGCUCAAAGGAAUUCAGAUGUCCAUUCUAAG